CUCGCCCUUCCCAUUCCUCUCUAUUUAUUUCCCUUGCCUUCUUCCCGAAGAGAAAAGUAAGUCUUCCUAUAGGUCUUCGACAAUGGCGACCCUUCCUUCCUCUUCAGCCUUGUUCAUAUUUUUCCUCUUUCACGUACUUCAUUUGACCAAUUGUGAGCCGUUUAUCGGGGUGAACUAUGGCCAGGUUGCCGACAACCUGCCGCCGCCGGAGGCGACGGCGAAGCUGUUGCAGAGCACGGCAAUCGAGAAGGUCAGGCUGUUCGGAGCCGACCCGGCAAUCAUCAAGGCGCUGGCGAACACCGGCGUGGGGAUCGUGAUUGGCGCGGGCAACGGCGACGUCCCGGCCUUGGCCUCCGACCCGAGCUUCGCCAAGAACUGGAUCAACUCCAACGUGCUCCCCUUCUAUCCUGCGAGCAACAUCAUCCUCAUCACCGUCGGCAACGAGGUCCUGUUCUCCGGCGACCAGAAUCUGAUGAACCAGCUCCUGCCGGCGAUGCAGAACCUCAACAACGCCCUAAACGAAGCUUCCUUGGGCGGGAAGAUUAAGGUCUCAACGGUUCAUGCCAUGACCUUGUUGAAGCAGUCCGAUCCACCAUCUUCCGGAAUCUUCGACCCGAACAUUGCCGAUCUGAUGAAGGGACUGUUGGAGUUCAAUAAUGCAACCGGUUCGCCUUUUCCGAUCAAUCCGUACCCAUUCUUUGCUUACCAGAGCGAUCCGAGGCCGGAGACUCUGGCGUUUUGCCUGUUCCAGCCUAACUCGGGACGAGUCGACUCGGGCACGAAGAUCAAGUACACUAACAUGUUUGACGCUCAGUUGGAUGCGGUGCGAUCAGCGUUGAACGCUAUGGGCUUCAGCGGAGUGGAGAUUGUGGUGGCGGAGACGGGGUGGCCGUACAAGGGAGACGCCAACGAGGUGGGUCCGAGCAUGGAGAACGCCAAGGCUUACGUCGGUAAUUUGGUGACGCACCUGAGGUCGAAGGUGGGAACGCCGUUGAUGCCCGGGAAGUCAGUGGACACCUAUCUCUUUGCACUCUACGACGAGGACUUGAAGCCAGGACCUGCCUCCGAGCGCUCCUUUGGGCUAUUCAAGCCUGACUUGUCCAUGACCUUUGAUGCUGGCCUUUCCAAGGCUAGCGAGGCUCCAUCAACAUCAAAAAGCCCGGUGACUCCAUCCCCAAAGCCCCAAAAAGCAGCAGUUUGGUGUGUGCCCAAGGCAGGUGUAUCGGAUGCCCAGUUACAAGCCAACUUGGAUUAUGCCUGUGGGCAAGGGAUUGAUUGCAGCUCAAUCCAACCAGGUGGAGCUUGCUUUGAGCCAAACACACUGGCAUCUCAUGCUACCUAUGCCAUGAAUCUACUCUACCAAACUGCAGGCCGGAAUCCAUGGAACUGCGAUUUCUCCCAAACAGCUACUCUCUCAUCCAACAAUCCCAAUGAUGGAUGACAAACUUUACUAGUGAAGAUACUAGAUGCUGUGUCUUCAGCAAGGAGCUUCCUCCAUUGACCUGCAACCAAACUACACACUAUGUCAUUCCUAGGAUUGACAGAAAGUAAACAGGCCUAACUUCAAAAUUUCAGGGUUUAAAACACCCGUGCCAAGUUGCUUGUCUCGAGUCUUGAGCCCUAUCAUUUGUGUUUUUUUUUGUGUCU